UCGAAUAACCAAAUGAAUCUAGAAUGCGACCUCUUAUAUCAGGGCCCCACGCGGAAGAUAUCGUUAAACUGUAGAUGCGAAGUUGAUUCGUCCCUUCAACUCUUUCUAAGAUGAAGUAAAUGGAUAAGUCCAAUUCUAGGGCAGGCAGACAUCGCAUGCAUUGCCAGACGUGCUUGCCGGCGAGACUUUACCGAGCGGAAUCCAUGAUUCUUAAGUUUUCGAAUAAGUAUUUUAAUACUUAAAAUGGUCGCAACCACUCAUUCUACUAUAUCUUCAACAUAAAGUGGUAUGUCCGGGCCGUGAAGUGUAUUCCCUCGUUUGGUGUAGAAAUGUACUCGUCCUCUCCUUUAGUUACAAUGAAUACGCACUUUAUUACAUUUAUUUUCAUUCUGUCGCUCUUUUCUUCUCUCGUUUCCCGUACUUCAGCGUCUCCCGCCGCAGCGAGGAACGCAAGAGAUUCGUUGCCCAUCCUUGAACUCCCGUAUGCAUUAUAUAGGGCGGCUAGUUAUGAUAACGCAAACGAUAUUUACACGUUUAAAAACGUUCGGUAUGCUGCGCCACCAGUUGGUGACCUACGAUGGGCAAAGCCGGCCCCUCCAUUGAACGAGUCCGGUAUCCAGGACGGGAGUAAAGGUCAUUCAUGCGUACAAGCAGCUCCGAAUGGGCUUAAUCUACUUGGCACUGGUAAUCAAUCCCCAGUUGGAGGAGCAAUAAACCAGUUUCUUGGAGGGAUUCCCAUACCGAUUUUCUCUGGAGGUAGCGAGGAUUGCCUGUUCUUAGAUAUGUACGUUCCAGGAAAAGCCAUAAAAAACCCUUCCCAGAAGCUACCUGUAGUUGUUUUCGUAUAUGGCGGCGGAUACGUCUUUGGAAGUAAGGACUCUCUGCAGCCAGAAUUACCCUUCUAUGACGGUACUGGUCUUGUCACGCAAUCAGGAAACAACAUGAUAUUCGUCGCAAUGAAUUAUCGGGUCGGAGCUUAUGGCUUCCUCGCUGGGACUACAAUGGAGAAAGAAGGCUUACCAAAUGCUGGUCUCUGGGACCAGAGAGCAGCCUUUCAAUGGGUCAAAGACUACAUCCAUCUGGUCGGAGGAGAUUCUACACGAGUAACGGCAAUGGGGCAAUCAGCCGGAGGUGGAAGUAUCCUACACCAUCUCAUCGGAGAGGGUGGGAGGCUCGAUCCUCUUUUCUCAAAAGCCAUUUUGCUUUCGCCUGCUUUUGAAUAUAUAUGGGAUCGUGCUGGCGCGGUUCAAAAGACUUUCGAAACUUUCGCGAGUUUAGCAGGUUGUCCUGGCCAAGGAGUUUCGUGUCUUCGGCGCGCGGACGCAGCUACUCUUGCUAAAGCAAAUACGGCAUUAAUGAAGCAGCAAUAUUCGGGUACCUUUGCGGUUGGUCCAACACCUGAUGGCUCUUAUAUUCGUCAGCUUCCCGUACUUGAGCUAAGCACAGGGAACUUCUGGAACAUCGAUUCACUCAUAUUGUCUCAUACCACUGCCGAAGCCAAUGUAUUCGUCAACGGUCUAGUACAAACGGAUAAAGAGUUUACGGCAUUCGUCGACGCUAUAUUUCCGAAUUAUACACAAGCUGCUGGAAUCACGGAUAAGAUAAAUGCCUUCUACGCGGUAUCUAGCCAGUCCCAAUAUAAAUCGCAGACGGAUCGGGUCCAAGCCCUUCUUCGCGAUAGUAGUUUCACGUGUAAUGUUCGGCAUCUCACCGAAAGCGUCGGUGAUUCGAAAGUCUGGAAUAUGCAGUAUGGGGUGUCACCGGGCUGGCACGGAAUGGACCUCUUUCCGACCUUCUUUAACUCCAAACUCACGGGGAAUAGCUGGCUUGAGAACCUUGCGGCGCUGAUGACCCCAGGUAUCGGAUCAUUGGUCUCUGGCAUCAGCGUGGCAUUACAAAGCUAUUUUACAAGUUAUAUCCUGACAGGAGACCCAAACACCAACCGAAAGAUAUUUAACCUCCCUCCGACUAUAAGGUGGAAUCAUCCGGAUAGUCAAGCUGAACAGAUCUCAGAGGUUGUCAACCUGGGGGAUUGGGGGUUCAGCACGGUUCAGGAUACACAGGAUGAGAAGACAGCGUGUGAUUUCUGGAGGAAUGUGGCGGCGGCGGUAACGAGUUUAGGAGGUUAUUCACCGCCUGGUGCGGUGGUGCAACAGGGUCUAGUGAUGCACGAUAUACAAGAUCCAAGCGUAAACUAUAGAGGUGGGAAUCGGUGAUGAAAUAUAAUAGGAUCGGCCGUCUAAGGACGGUAGAAAUCGACGAGUAAUGCCUCAACGCCGACGCCACUUAUAUCAUCAAGUGUAGCUCGGAAAAGGGAAGAUUAUGACUGAAGUAGAUGGUAGUACCACCUAAUUUCCGAUUUUUUUAUUGUGGCUUACAAUUGCUUAUUUCGGGAAAGAUAAUAGCAUGAUUCCUGUAGGCACAUUCAAGAGAAUUGGCUGUUCCGUGUAUGAAAUUUCCUUCGCCCUUCGUUCGUGAUGUACUUGAAAAGAUUCACGGAGUCUGAACUAAUCCUAUGACUAUCCCUUUGAUAAUAUAUAUAUGAAAAGUUGAAUUAGCCCUGUCAUUCAUAUAAAUAAUAUAGUUGAGGCUCACCAGCUUGAGAAAUGACUUGCAUGGACGGAUCCGAGAUUGCAAGUUGUCGUAAUCUAUCGCGUCCACUAUUUACCGAGAGGAAGUAUCGUGUAGUAUCUUUAGUUACCCCUUUCCAGCAAUAAAAGCCUGUGUUAUACACCGCAAGUACUUGCCCCUUACAGCCUGGGAUGGAUUUAUUCGUGCCCCUGGGGCGCCCCGUGCGUCCCGUAGCUC